GAGUACUCAUAGCUCUUCCCAUGCAGCUAUACGUCCCCUUUGAUCGAUCGUAUAUAUAUAUUGGUGCAUGUGUCUCGUUCUAACUUCAUCAUCGAUCGUAGAGGCUAGGCACUCUAUAAUCUUCAAUAUCAUUCCAGAAUUGUGUGAGUAAUGGAUUUUCUCUCCACUGCUUUACCUCCCAUAGUGAUAAGUUUAGCGGUAAUUCUUUUAGCACUGAUUUUUUUGCCGUUGAAGAAUAAGAGAUACCCACCUGUUGCCGGAACUGUCUUACACCAACUAGCCCAUCGUCGCACGCUGCACCAUUACCACACUGAACUUGCAUGCAGAUACAAAACUUACAGAAUACUUGGCUUGUUCAAAUAUGCAGUGUACACAGCAGAUCCUGCAAAUGUUGAACACGUACUCAAAACAGCCGUUGGAAACUAUGGCAAGGGAUUGUACUUGUACAAUCUUAUAACAGAUGCUAUGGGCGAUGGGAUCUUCGCUGUGGAUGGGGAAAAGUGGCGGCAUCAGAGGAAGGCAUCAAGUUCUCAAUUCUCAACAAAAGUACUCAGGGACUUCAGCAGUGAUAUCUUCAAGACCAAUGCAGUAAAACUUGCUAGCAUAAUUCAUGAAGCUGCAAGCUGCGACAAAUCAAUAGAGAUGCAAGAUUUGUUUAUGAAAUCAACCUUGGAUGCAAUCGUCAAGAUUCUACUUGGUAUCGAUCUACAAACCAUGUCCGGAACAAACAAUGAAGGAAUCCGGUUUUCCAAUGCUUUUGAUGAUGCAAACGGAGCUACCCUUUAUCGUGUUGCUGAUAUCUUCUGGAAGAUCAAACGGUUCUUGAACAUUGGUACAGAAGCAGUGAUAAGAAAAAAUGUAAAAGUGAUGGAUCACUUUAUAUACAGUUUAAUCAACAGAAAGAUUGAAACACUCCAUAAAUCAGAAGAAGAUGAUGAGCAACCUUUAAAGAAAACAGACUUUAUCUCCAAGCUUUUGGAAGCUAAAGAGACUGAUCCAAAGUACUUGAGAGACAUGGUCCUCAGUUUUAUUGCUGCCGGCAAAGACACAACUGCUUCUGCUCUUUCAUGGUUUCUUUAUAUGAUGUGCAAGCAUCUCAGUAUACAAGAAAAGAUUGCCCAGGAAGUUAGAGAAGCAACAGGUCUGAAUAAUACUUCAAGCCCUGAGGAAUUUGUAGACAACCUUACUGAAGAAGCCCUUAGCAAAAUGCAAUAUCUCCAUGCUGCUUUGAAUGAGACACUCAGACUCUAUCCUACAGUUCCAAUGAAUGCGAGGGUUUGUUUUUCUGAUGAUACCUGGCCAGAUGGACAUAGUGUUAAAAAAGGAGAACUAGUGAUACUCCAACCUUAUUCAAUGGGCCGGAUGGAGUUUAUAUGGGGUGAUGAUGCAGAAGAGUUUCGGCCAGAGAGAUGGCUUGAUAAAAAUGGCAAUUUCCAAGAAGAAAGCCCUUUCAAAUUCAUAGCCUUCAAUGCCGGUCCAAGAAUUUGUCUCGGAAAGGAGUAUAGUUAUAUCCAAAUGAAGAUCUUUUCUGCCGUGCUUUUAAGCAACUACAUAUUCAAGCUCUCUGACGAGAAAAAGGUUGUGAAAUACAAGACGAUGGUCACGCUCCAUAUCAAUAGAGGCCUUCAUGUUCAUGCCUCUCCAAGAGUUUGAGCAUGCAAAAAAGUUAUAAUAGAUGUUUUGUCUAAACAUCGUUCACUUGCCCAUUGUUGUUAAUCAUUGGAGUAAGAAAUGCAUCAAAGAAGAAAUGCAUCAAAGUGAAAAUAAAAGAGGCUAGCCUCUUCAAUUUCAUGUUUUGUUCUUGUUUAUUUGAUUCAUAGAACUUGUCGAUCGUCAACAACUUGUAGUGGAUGAGCAUUCUCCACACUAAAUCAACAUAUAAUUGUAUAUGCAUCAGUUUGGUAAGUUGUAUUACAAUGAAAAACAAAUGCAAUAGAAUCA